GAAUUGAAUAAUUUAUUCAAAUCCAUCCUGAUAAAGGUGCAAGAAAUUAGUAACAAAGUGAAGGAGAUUCAAGAUGAAAUCCUUUGUUUACAACAUUUCCUUUGUGUUCUUUUGUAUUGUCUUAACCAAAAUCCAAGUUUGUUUUGCAGAUUGUGAUAACCUGCAAGACACAUGUCCAUCAAUUCCACCAAAUAAACAAACAAUAUUCAUCAAUGGUCUACCUUGCAAAAAUCCAGCAAAUGUAACAGCUCAAGAUUUCAAGACCAAUGAAUUAAGUAAUGCUAGUCCUACCGACAUUUUUGGUGCAUCGGUAAAACUUGUCACUGCUGCUGAAUUUCCAGGGCUGAAUACUCUCGGUCUCUCAAUUGGAAGAAUCGAUAUUGAAAAUGACGGAUUAGUAAAUUUUCAUUAUCAUCCAAGAGCUACUGAAAUUAUUUUUGUUAAAAAAGGAGUAUUAAUAGCUGGAUUCAUUGAUACAAAAAACCAAGUUUUCCAAAAUGUUCUCAAAGUUGGUGAUGUUUGUGUUUUUCCUAAAGGUUUGUUCCAUUACAUUCUAAAUCAAGGUUUUGAAGAUGCUAUUGUUUACUCAGUGUUCAAUAGUCAAAAUCCUGGACAAGUAUCCAUUGUUCCUACAACUUUUGACACAACAUUGGAAUCUAUAGAUAAGCUGAAAAAGAAACUUAUCUCAUUUUCUGCUUCUCAAGUUAAUGAUGUUAUUAUCAGUUCAUGACUUCCUAAAUAUUUGUUCUAAUUCAUGUCAACCUUGACAGUGAAUAAAUGAAUGUAGUUUUGAUUUUGUUUGUUUAAUGAGGUGGUCCAAUUGCUUCGUGUAUUAAUAUUAUUAAGCUAAACUAGAAAAAGAAAGGGAAACAAAAAAAAAAGAUUGUGAAUGUUUAUUAUAAGAAUAACAAUGUUUAGGAAUAAUGUAUUCUUUCUUAAUAAUUAUUGUAUGCUUUGAGUUUAUAU